AUGUCGUGUCGUGCAUUUAUAAAGUGGAGGAGGACUCAGACCUGGAGAGCAGUAGGUGCAUCCAUCCACGUUGACUGCUGACAUGCCUCCCGUGAAGCUCGACACUUCAGAUUAUGCUAGGUCUGUUGACAAUGGCAAGGCCAAGGAAUGCAUUACCUCAGCAUUAACAGGACUGGAGACAAUUGAACCUCUGGUGCGCUCUGUAGAAGAGACCCCUGAGCCAAUCUCCACUGAAGUACAAGGCACCAUUCCCUCCUGGAUCAAUGGCAAACUCCUUCGCAAUGGCCCUGGGAAGUUUGAGUUUGGAAACACACACUACAACCACUGGUUUGACGGCAUGGCCAUGCUACACCAGUUCAAGAUCGCCAACGGUCAGGUGACUUACAUGAGUCGGUUCCUAAACAGCGAUGCCUACAAGAACAAUAGUGAAAAGGACCGCAUCGUGAUGUCAGAAUUUGGUACCCUUGCCAUGGCCGACCCCUGUAAAAACAUCUUCCAGCGCUUCCUGUCUCGCUUUGAGAUGAUGGCGCCCACGGACAAUGCGAGUGUGAGCUUUGUGAAAUACAAGGGUGACUACUUUGUCAGCACAGAGACAAACUUUAUGCAUAAAGUGAACCCAAAUAACUUAGAAACAUUGGAAAAGGUGGACUGGAGCAAAUUCAUUGCUGUAAAUGGAGCCACCGCCCACCCACACUAUGACUCUGACGGUACCACCUACAAUAUGGGCAACUCCUAUGGAAGCAAAGGAGCCCAGUACAACAUCAUUAGUGUGCCUCCCGAGAAGACAGACGCCAAAGACACCCUACAAGGAGCCAAAAUACUCUGCUCUAUUGCGCCUCGAAACAAGUCCCACCCCUCCUACUACCACAGCUUUGCCAUGUCUGAGAACUACGUGGUGUUCAUUGAGCAGCCGAUUAAGAUGGACCUGCUGAAGAUAGUCACAUGCAAGCUGAGGGGGAAGGCUUUGAGUGACGGCAUCUACUGGGAUCCCAAGCAGGACACUGUCUUCCAUCUCGUUGACAAGCAAUCAGGCGAGGUCAGCUCAGUGAAGUACCACACCAAAGCCAUCUCCACCUUCCAUCAGAUCAACGCCUUCGAGGAAGAUGGAUUCUUGAUGCUCGACAUGUGCUGCUCAGAAGACGGCCAAGCCAUCAACAACUACCUCAUCCAGAACCUACGCAAGUCGGGAGACGCAUUAGAUGAGGUGUACAACACCAUGAGCAGAGUAUUCCCUCGGCGCUUUGUUCUUCCCCUUCACGUGAACGGGGAAAGCCCAUCAGACCAGAACCUGAACACACGGCCCUUCAGUGCAGCCACGUGUGUCCAAAUCAGCAAAGAUAAGGUGUUCUGCCAACACGAGGAUCUCCAUGGAGACGACCUCCUCGAGUACGGUGGCCUGGAGUUCCCUCAGAUCAACUAUCGGAGAUGUAACACACGGCCAUACCGUUAUUUCUAUGGCUGUGGCUUCAGACACCUGGUGGGAGACUCACUGCUCAAGAUGGACCUGAAGGACAAGACACUCAAGGUUUGGUACCAGAAGGGUUUCUUCCCGUCAGAGCCUGCGUUUGUGCCGUCACCUGAUGCCGUGGAAGAGGACGAUGGGCUCAUCCUCUCCGUGGUUCUCUGCCCCUCUCAGGAUAAAGGAGCCUUCCUCUUGGUUUUGGAUGCAAAGAACUUUGAAGAACUGGCACGAGCCUACGUGCCUGUAAAUAUGGCUUAUGGCUUCCAUGGUACCUUCGAGGCCUCUGCAUAAACCUGUUUCUGUUACAUUCAAAGUGUUUCUUCAAUGAGUCUAAUACAAAGAAUACCAAAUUCAGCGAUAAUCAUUAUAACUACUAUAUUCCUGAUGGUACUGCUGCUCUACGAAGAAAGAUGCAGCGUUCUGUUAAGCUGUGUUUACACUGCACGACUCGACCCGACUCACUCUGGUACCAGGUCUUCUUCUCGAGGCCGUGUUCUCACUCUCCGCUGGUCGCUGUAGCAACGGCAGGUGAAACUGUUGUGACAUCAUCUUAAGCGGUAUACUCUGUGAAUCCUUUCAAUGGCAACCAAACAAAGGAACUUCUGCACAGUUUACAGCAUAAUGUACGUUGUUUGUAGUGUAUGCCAUAGUUUUGCGAGCCAUUUAAAAAAAAAAAAGAAUCGGGGUAGAAUUCAUUAAAUAUUAUGGUUGCUAUUGACUUGGAUUUGGUGGUAUCUAGCAGUGUGGUCACAGAUAUGUUAUAGUACUAAACAAAUGGUUUGGUUUGUGGUAACAUCCAACCCAAGGCUAAUGGCAUUAAGAACCCCAAUAAACUCAUAAUGUUUUGUAUUAUUAUUAAUUAUUAUUAUUGUUAUACUUUUAUUAACCUUUUACUGGUGAGUUAUUAUACUGUAGAAAUCCAACUUGCAUGAUGCUCCAAACACAGUGUCAAAUUAACAUUUCAUUUCAA